CCUUCAGGGGUCAGGGUCUACUUCAGGGUCUCCUUCAGGGUCUCAAGACGACUAGGAUAAUAAUAAAGAAGUGUGUGUGAGUAUAUAUGCGUGUGUGUGGAUGUGUGUGUGCGUGUGGAUGUGUGUGUGUGUGUGUGUGUGUGUGUGUGUGUGUGUGUGUGUGUGUGUAUGUGUGUGUGUGUGUGUGUGUGUGUGUGUGUGUGUGUGUGUGUGUGUGGAUGUGUAUGUGUGUGUGUGUGUGUGGAUGUGUGUGUGUGUGUGUGCGUGCCCGCCCACUCCUCGUUCUCCUUUAUAAGCGCGUGCCUGACGGCUCCCGGUUCACUGCGCUGCAGGACUCUGAUCCCGCUCCCCGCGUUCCGCAUCCAGAUCGUCCGGUUCGUUUCUCUCCGGUCUCAGAGCCCUCUGCCGGUCUCAGAGCCCUCUGCCGGUCUCAGAGCCCUCUGCCGGUCUCAGAGCCCUGCCGGUCUCAGAGCCCCCUACCCGGCUUGGCCCAGACUGGAUUCUCGGAGCGCGUCGCCAUGCGCGCCCGGGUCUAGAUCCUCCAUGGAGCUCUCCAACCUGUACGAGGGCGCGCCCCGACCCCCGCUGAGCAGCCUGGCCCCCGGGCAGCACCCCCCCUCCGGCUACAGGGAGCCGUCCGACCCGGGCGGGGACAUCGGGGACAGCGAGACCUCCAUGGACCUGAGCGCCUACAUCGACCCGGCGGCGUUCAACGACGACUUCCUGGCGGACCUGUUCCAGCACAGCUCCCGGCAGGACCGGCUGAAGAGCAGCGGGGACUACGAGCCGGUUCCGUGCGCCGCGGGGCCGCAGCACCACUACAUGGCCAACUACAUGGAGGCCAAGCUGGAGCCGCUCUACGGCCACAGCCCGCAGCGCCUCCGGCCGGUGGCCAUCAAGCAGGAGCCGCGGGACGAGGACCGGAUCCCGGGUCUGCCUCCCGCCUACCAGCCCCCGCUCCCCCCGCAGCAGCAGCCGCACCUCCAGUACCAGAUCGCGCACUGCGCGCAGACCACCAUGCACCUCCAGCCGGGCCACCCGACCCCCCCGCCGACCCCGGUGCCGAGUCCACACCACCACCCGCACCACCCGCAGCAGGGCGGCCUGAAGCUGCUGGAGCCCCGAGGGGACAAGUCCAAGAAGAACGUGGACAAGGGCAGCCCGGAGUACCGGCUGCGGCGCGAGCGCAACAACGUGGCGGUGCGCAAGAGCCGCGACAAGGCCAAGAGCCGCAACCUGGAGACGCAGCACCGGGUGCUGGAGCUGGCCACGGACAACGAGCGGCUACGGCGGCGCGUGGAGCACCUGGCGCGCGAGCUGGACACGCUGCGGGGCAUCUUCAGGCAGCGGCCGGACGGGUCCUUCAAGCCCAGCUGAGACCCUGGUACCGGACCGGCCGGAUCCGGACCGGCGCGCAGCUGGAUUUACACUCAGUGACGGUUCUACAGGUGUUCACGUGAGAGGAGACUCCCAGGAGUCCCGGGAACAGAUCACUGGACAGACAGACUGGACACAGGUGGAUCCGGUCUCACGUGACUUCUGGAGGACUAAAGCUCCGUGGGGUCUCUGUAUGUCUUCUAUAAAGCCAAUAAGCUGGUCAGGGGAGCCGAGUCCCCGUAGGGGACCACCAGCAGUUCUCACCCUGGAGGAGGAGGAGGGCUGUGGAGUCUUCCUCUCCUCCUUAGUCAACAUGUUGUAUAUAAACUAGAAUAAUAAUAGUUCUGAAAUGCCAAAGUGACAAACUCAUAGAAACUGGAUCAGUGGGGUCCUCUGUGGAAUCUAGACCUGCAGACCUGGAUCUCACACACACACACAUGGUGCCUUCUGACCUUUGUGACCUUUGACCUCUUGCUGAUCUCUUGUCUCCGUGAGGAAGACGAAGGUCUGCGAGGAAGAGGAAGCUGUUUGUUUCAAAGUCUCCGUUGUAGAAUUGGUCUCUAUAAACACAAACAUAUCUUUAUGUUUAAUACAAUAAAAGAUCUCCUGUGA